UUGUUAUUUGAAAUAAAACAUUAUUUUAUUACACAAAGAAAUGUGAAGCAUUUAAGAAGGCAUGCAAGGGAAGUUGUUCAUUUCUAAUUUGUUUCAACUCAUUUUGUAAAAAUAAAUCGUGAGUACAUCGUGAAUAAAUCGCAUCGUGAGAUCAGAAUCGUGACUCGCAUCCAUCCUGAGCUGAGUGAAUCGUUACAUCCCUAUUAAUUAUGUAAUGAUUUAACGCCCCGCACCUGAUGCUCUCUUGAUUUGGUUCCCUAUUUAAUGCCCCUGUGUUUUCUGCCUUUUGUCUGUUCGUUUAGAUCCUAAGCCUUGUCAAGUUGUUGCAUAUUGUUCCUGCUCCAUGAGUCUUGUUCCUGCUUCGUGAGUCAUAGUCCAGUCUAGUUCAGUAUAUGUCAAGUGUUGUUUUAGUCCAGUCUAGUUAGUUAAUUGUUCCUGUUCAGUCCGUGUGUUAUAUUCCCCUGUUGUUGUUGUUUUACCCCCUUGUGGGUUUUUUUGUUUUUUGUUAUUAAAGUCUUUGUUUAUUUGACCUUGUCUGCACUUGGGUUCUCUGUUCCGCACAUCAACAUGACACUUACAUGCCCAUUCCAUUCCUCAAUUUUGGGCCAUAUGGUGUGCUUAAGAAUAUAAAACUAGCUCUUUUUUGGGGCUGGGUUAUUUUAAUUGAAAUAAUAGUUUAACAAACUUUACUAAACUGUUGCACAAGAAGACUUGUGAUUAACUCCCUGUUAACAGCUUAAAUUAAUUCAGGUCAGUGUUUGGUUAAGAGGAAACAUGGCACAUUCUAGGAACAUGUAUUUGUAGGUUUACUUAUUUAAUCUCUUUCUAAUAUCACCGCUCUUUGUGUGAUUCAGCCAGCAAAACAUGGCAGCUCUGCUCAGAUCACUUGUCAAAGAUUAUUCAAGAUACCUCAAAUCAUUUUAACUCUUUCUGGAACAAUAAUCAGAGCACCAGUGUAUGCUGGACUUCAUUCAUAAUACACUAUCAGACAUACUGGAAAGGAUUGGUGGAGGGAGGCCCAUUUUUAAUGUAAUUGGAGUAGGGAGUGAAGCAGGUGAGAUUGAUCUGGAAAUGUUUGCACAGCUACACAUGAAACAUCCACAUGUGAAAGUUAAUAAUGAAGUAUUAUUGAUUUUUUUUUAUUUAGUUCGGGUGUCAACAGUGCCAGAUCUUGAUUGUAUUAUCUUUACAUGGAAUGAGAUGACAGCUGCUGAACUUGAAAAGCACUGGCAAGAGAAACAUAUUGGAAAAAAGAUGGACUUCAUUCACAUGAUACAGAUGCUGUAUUAUGUCAAAGAUCCAGAGGCCACAGUCUCAUUUUUCCGGAGUCUGUUAGAUAAAGAUGGGAAACUCUUAAUCAUUUUGGUGUCAGGUGACAGUGGAUGGGGAAAACUACGUACCAUCAAAACCCAACUCUGUCACAGUAGGAUCAGCCAGUGUGUAACUACAGGAGAUAUAAAGACUUUUUUAGAUGCCAAAGGCAUCCCCUACUGUAACUAUGAGCUCCCAUCCCAGAUGGACAUCACAGAGUGCUUUACAGAAGGAGAUGAGGUUGGGGAGCUGCUGUUGAAUUUCUUAACCGAAGUGAUAGGGUUUAGUAAGAAUGAAGGAGUGCUGGACUUACUAAGACAUUCAGACUCAUGGAUUAAAAAGGUGGUGGAUGGCAGGAUAAUAUUCAACAGCAACAUGGACGUCUUUGUAGUUCAGCCGUAA